UCUCUGUUCCGUCACAGCUUCUCUCUAACUUCUUCUGUUCAUCGUUCGCUUUGGGUAUACUACAUAAUGAUAGGAGCAUGGAAGAAAACAGAAACUUCUCAGUCCAGUGGGACUCAACCUUUCACUUCAAGUUUACCAAAUAGUACUGUAUUUGGCAGAAAUUUGAGGAAGAAUCAACUUGGUGGUGUCAUAUUCGGGUGCAAGAAUGCUACAAUGAAAGAAUGCCUGUAUAAGCAACUCUUUGGCUUACCAGCUCAGCACUUCUCUUAUGUGAAGAAUAUUGAUCCCGGAUUGCCUCUGUUUCUGUUUAACUAUAGUGACAGAAAGCUUCACGGAAUUUUUGAGGCGGCUAGCAGUGGGAAAAUGUAUAUAGACCCCUAUGGAUGGACUACUGAUGGUUUAGAGAGAACACAAUAUCCUGCCCAGGUACAAAUUCGGGUCCAACUUCAGUGCCAGCCACUGUCUGAAGAUAAAUUUAGACAAGCAAUUGCAGACAACUACUACAAUCAUAACCAUUUCUGGUUUGAACUAGACCAUGGACAAACAGCCAAACUCAUUUCUUUGCUAUCAUCCUCCUUAGCAAUUGCCCCUAGUAAUUCUGUCCCACAGAAUACGCAUCAGUGGUCACCUGUAUCUCAACCUCUUCCAUCACAUGAAACUCCAUGGGACGACAGAUACAUCCAGCCAUUGGAUACUCGUAAAGAUGGGAAGGAAGAAAAACAAGAUGAGAAGAACAUCAUAGUUCAGAAGCUAAAGGCUCUAUACUGUGAAAGUCAAGAUCUCUCUUUGCCAAACAAAGGAAAUGAUACUCCUGGUUUGAAUAACACUGAAAAGGGCUAUGUGGAGGCAUCGGGUGGUUUAAAUAAGAAGGAAGAGAGUCCUAUCCCUCCAUUUGAGUAUCAAUACAACAUAGCUCAGUUGGUGCAAGAGGUCAACGAACUGACAAACUUCAAGAAAAAACAAACAGAUAAAAAUUGCUAUCUGGAGCAGAAGCUGAUUGAGGCAGAAAUGGAAAUUCAGCAUCUAAGAGAUCGUUGUGCACUUCUAGAAUCUGCAUGUAAUAUCACUAAUCAUCCAACACAUGUUGAGCAGACACAAAUGAAAUCAACUGUUGAGCUGCAUUUAGAUCCCAAAGACUCAUUAUUUUUAAUAGGAGGCUUUGAUGGAAACUCAUGGUUAGAAACCAUGGAUUUGUAUAGUACUUCUCAGAAUAUGAUCAAAUCUCUCAAGCCUAUGAGUUCAGUUCGUUCAUAUGCUUCAGCUGUAUGGUUGAAUGGUGAAAUUUAUGUUUUUGGUGGUGGAAAUGGCUAUGUUUGGUACGACACAGUUGAAUCAUACAAUCCAGUUCAUGACAGCUGGGCCUCGUGCCCCUCUUUGAACAAGAAGAAAGGAAGCUUGUCUGGAGCUGCUUUAAACAACAAAAUAUUUGCUGUUGGUGGUGGCAAUGGAGUUGACUGCUUUUCAGAUGUUGAGAUGCUUGAUUUAGAUAUUGGGCGGUGGAUCCCUACACGUUCAAUGCUAGACAAGAGAUUUGCUCUUGCUUCUGUGGAACACGAUGGCGUGCUUUAUGCCACUGGAGGAUAUGAUGGAAAUGAUUACUUAAAGUCUGCUGAAAGAUUUGAUCCCAGGGAACAUUCUUGGACCAAAAUACCAAACAUGAAUACAAAGCGAGGCUGCCAUUCAUUAGUUGUUCUAAAUGAAAAGUUGUAUGCGCUAGGUGGCUUUGAUGGAGAGGAAAUGGUUCCAAGUGUUGAAAUGUUUGAUCCACGACUUGGGGCAUGGACAGUGGGGAAACCAAUGAAUCAUCCUAGGGGGUAUUCUGCUGCCGUGGUUGUCAAUGAAUCUAUUUAUAUGGUUGGUGGAAUUAAAGGUGGCGAGAACAUUGUAGAUACAGUUGAGAAUUAUAAGGAAGGUCGGGGAUGGCAGGAAACUUCCACAGUGGCAGCUGUCAAAAGGUGUUUCUUGUCAGCUAUUGCCUGCAAUCAUGAGUGAUAGAAGGUUGUUCAGUGGUCAUGUAGAUGCUCUUCAUAGCCACAAUUUUUGUAAAGUCAUAGGAUAAAGAUGUAUAUUUACGUGACUUCGAAUGCUUCUUAUUGGCGUUGAUUUUGGUUUUACUUCAGUGCCAUUAGGGUUAGUUUCAUAGAACCAAUGCCAAUUCUGUUGAUGUGUUUGUCUGUUGAUAUAAAGCUGUGCAGGGUUGUUUUUGCUGAUUUUUUUAUGUGCAUAAAAGAUUUAGGACCAUGUGAAAGAAUUU